AGUUUAUCUUUACUUGUUAUUUUGAGGGUGGGGUAUAGUGUGCGUCUAUUAUAAUUAAAUUUAGAAAAUCCAGGUUUAUAGUGUGAUUUUAUCAAAAAAAUAAGUGCAGUAAUUCAAAACAGUGUAUAUAAGGUAUAAUUCGAGCUAAAGGAAGUUUAAGAGAUCCACACAGAAUGGCUAUGACUUCGUCCCAGGUGAAACGCGAACAACAAAAUAACAUGGCCGGUAGCGGCACGGGAUGGCCUAGGAGAAACAGCCAGAACUCGACAACAGCGGCGGCGAAUUCAACUUUCGACGCCAAAUUCACCCCAACGCCGCCCGCUAUCAAUCGAAUAAUAAAUCUGUAUCCUCUAACUAAUUACAUAUUCGGCACGAAAGAACCGCUAUUUGAGAAGGAUCCAAGUGUGCCUGCUAGAUUUCAGAGAAUGAGGGACGAAUUUGAGAGGAUAGGAAUGAGAAGAAGUGUUGAAGGUGUGUUGCUUGUCCAUGAACACGGUCUUCCACACGUAUUACUCUUGCAGUUGGGAACCACUUUCUUUAAACUUCCCGGUGGCGAGUUAAAUCCCGGCGAGGACGAGGUGGAAGGGCUAAAGAGACUUUUAACAGAGACCCUCGGGAGGUUGGAUGGCGUCAAACAGGACUGGCUCGUCGAAGACAUUAUCGGCAACUGGUGGAGGCCCAACUUCGAACCACCUCAGUAUCCCUACAUUCCGCCGCACAUUACUAAGCCUAAGGAACAUAAAAGGCUGUUUUUAGUUCAGCUACAAGAAAAGGCACUUUUCGCCGUUCCCAAAAACUACAAGUUAGUAGCGGCGCCGUUGUUCGAGUUGUACGACAAUUCGCAGGGAUAUGGCCCCAUUAUCUCGUCGCUACCGCAGGCGUUGUGCAGGUUCCAGUUCAUUUACAUGUGAUGUUCGACUAAUUAAGAAAACUAGAUUAUUAUGAAAAAUGAGGGUGUCACCAUCCAACAUUUUUUUUUUACGUUUAAAUGAAAAAAUAACUUGGAGUGUAUUUUCUAAGGCGGACAUUUAAUUUUAUCACGUCAAAGACUAGUGUAGAUUCCUAUGGAGGUCUUGUAAUUUGUGAGAAGCCGACAAACGAACAGGGGCGUACAAAUUUUAAUCGUAAUUUCAUUGACCAACGACCUAUGUGUGUAGAAUAGAAUUUUUUAGAAUUUCGCCCUUUCUCGUUUGUUGGCUUUACGGAAUCGUUCGGUUCGCACUCGGUGUGAACUUAUUUUUUACGUUAGUGUAGCAUAAGAUUAAACAUUUAAUGUGUUAUUAAAUGCAAUAAAACAUAUUUUGUGUUAUUUAUGAAUUAAAACCUAUCGUCAGACAGAA